AUUGGCCGCGCGACCUACACGUGGUUUCCGCGUGUGAAUUUCCCGCCCUCGCGGCUUCCCAGUCGAGGAGGAGGCCGCGACUCUCUGUGUCUCUGUGUCUCUCUCUCCCGGCUUGUCUCUGUGUUUCUCCCCUCCCUGUGUGUCUCCCCGCGUGUCUCCCCGUCUCCCCUCCCCACCAUGGACUCCACCGGCGUGGUGAGCGCGGCUUGGAGCUCCGUCCUCACCACCCUGGUGCCACGUGAAGCGCUGCUGCCGGGGGUUGUUGACCCGCGCUCCCCGCCCGUCGAGCUGGAGGCGGCGCUGGCGGCGCUGCGAGCGAGCGGCGUGGAGUCGCUGCUGGUGCCCUGCUUCCUGGAGCUGCUGCAGAAGCACCUGCAGGAGCGAGUGGUGCCGGGGCUGUGGCGCCGUCUGGGCGAGGAGGGUGGAGCGGUGGAGCGUGAGGGUGGAGCGGUGGAGCGUGAGGGUGGAGCGGUGGAGCGUGAGGGUGGAGGAGGAGAGCUGUUCCUGGCGGCGCUGCUGCACCUGCAGGCGGCGCUGGAGCCGUUCCUGCACGGGCAGCGGCUCCUGCAGCAGUGGGGUCUCAGCCCAGAGCCUCACGCGGGAGGGAGCCGCGUGCUGGCGCUGCUCCGAGCGGCGCUCCUCUUCUCCCCGCCGCCGGCGUUCCGCUCCGCCGCCCACUCCUUCUACUCGCGAGCCUUCGCCGCCUUCCUGCACCUGCAGCGCUCGCACACGGGCGAGGGAGGAGGCGGCGGUGACGCCGGCGUUGACGACGACGACGACGACGACGAAGACGACGAGGAGGAGGGAGGAGGAGGAGGAGGAGGCGUUGUUGGAGGCGUUGCUCCGGGUUGGCUUCGCUGUCCGGGCUGUGCCGUGGAGCGAGCCUCUUGCCGCUGCCGCCAGCUUCUCGACAAUUUCCACCGCGCCAACCGCAUCCUGCAGCGGCUGUGCCUGUUGGAGCGCGUCGGUGCGGAGGCCGUGACGGCGAUCCUGCAGGCCACGACGGAGCAGCACAUCUCCCGGCACUGCCGCGGGGAGUACGAGCGGCCGUUCCUCGCGCAGCUGGAGCAGUGGCUGGAGUUCCGCGCCCUGCGCUGGCUCCGCAUGGUGUUCCACGGCGAGGGUGACGGUGGACGGGCGGUGUCGGAGGAAGGCGGCGGCGGCGGCACGGUGCAAGCCGCCCUGGGCCGCUGGCGGACUCGUCUUCAGUACUUCCUGUACCAGGCCUUCGCGGCCGUCAGGAUCAGCGAGCUGUUCAACAUCAUCCGAGACUACCCGGAGUCCCAGCAUGCACUGCAGGAGCUGCAGGUCUGCCUGAAGAAGACGAACCAGAAAGGGCAGCUCGUGGCCUCCCUCAAAACGGCACUCGAGACGAGACUGCUGCACCCAGGAGUGAACACGGAUGACAUCAUCACACUGUACAUCUCGGCGAUCCGCGCGCUGACCCAGCUGGACCCCACCGGGGUCACCCUGGACGUAGUGUGCCAGCCGGUGCGCAAGUACCUACGGUCGCGCGAGGACACGGUGCGGAAGAUCGUGGCGGGCCUGACGGACGACGUGGACGGGCCGAGCGAGCUGGCCGGGGAGCUGACGAGGGCCGAGCCGGUGGAGCUGGAGCACAGCCUGGGUAGCGACGAUGACGGCGACGAGCCGGAGGACUGGAGCCCCCCGCCCAGCGACGCCGCUCACUCUGUGAAGUCCGGUUUGGGGCGACGAUCCUUCGACAUCAUCAGCCUCCUCGUCAGCAUCUACGGCAGCAAAGAGGUGUUCAUUAACGAGUACCACACGCUGCUGGCGGACCGGAUACUCCACCACUUCAACUACAACAUGGCCCGGGAGAUCCGCAACUUGGAGCUGCUCAAGCUGCGCUUUGGAGACGUUUUCAUGCACCGCUGUGAGGUGAUGCUCAAGGAUGUAGCCGACUCGCGUCGGAUAAACAGCAACAUCCUGGAGGCUCGCAGAGGUGGUGGUGGUGGAGGAGGAGCUGGUGGAGGAGGUGGAGGAGGAGGAGGUGCGGGAGGAGGCGGCGGUGGCGAAGGAUCGUCGGAGGAAGCGCCCGCGGCCCCGGGAGCCGGCGAUGACGGCUCGCACGGAGGCCAGGAGCCGGCGGCGACGCAAGGCGGGAUGGAGGCGGUGGGGGAGGAGGAGGAGGAGGGGAGAGAGGGGGGGGAGGGCGGAGAGCGUGGAGAGGGACACGGGGAUGAGGAGGUGGGGGAAGAGGCGGGGGAGGAGGGGGGCGAGUGGCCCGGGGGCCCCGCCGCGCCGGUGCCGCUCAACGCGAUGAUCCUCUCGGGAGAGUUCUGGCCCCCGCUCAAGGAGGGCAAGCUGGAGCUGCCGGCUGCGGUGAAGGAGGUGAUGGAGGCGUACACGCGCGAGUACGAGAAGCUCAAGGCGGCGCGCUCGCUCGUGUGGAAGCCUCACCUGGGCCUCGUGUCGCUGGACGUCCACCUGGCUGGCGGACGAUCGCUCUCGCUCUCCGUGUCUCCCGUCCACGCCGCCAUCAUCAUGCACUUCCAGGACAAAGGUUCGUGGAGCCUGCAGGAGCUGUCCGAGGCGCUGAAGGUGCCGGCGCCGUCGCUGCGCAAGAAGCUGGCGCUGUGGCAGCAGCACCGCGUCCUCCGCGAGGGGCCCGCCGACCGCUUCUCCCUCCUCGAGGGCGGGGGGCCGGCGGGGCCCGACGGGAUGCUGCUGCUCGACUCGGACGACGACAACGACUCGGCAAUGGCGUCGCAGGCCGACCAGAAGGAGGAGGAGUAUGCAGCCUGGCGCGGGGACCGCGGCGCCCGCGCCAGGCCAGGUGAACGCUCUGAGGCGGUCGCGUCAAGUGCGGAAGGCUCCGCCGGCCUGCGGGUCGCGGGACAGGCCCAGCAGGUGCCAUGGGUUGACUGCCCGAGAGAUGACCGGCGGGUCUUCUGGACCUACAUCCAGGGCAUGCUGACGAACCUGGAGACGCUGUCGCUGGAGCGCAUCCACUCCAUGCUCAAGAUGUUCGCCAUGAUCGGGCCGGGGGGCGGCGGGGGCGGCGGGGGGCCCCGCGGCGGCGCCGGCGGGGAGUGCGACCUGGCCGAGCUGCGAGCCUUCCUGGGCCGCAAGGUCAAGGAGCAGCAGCUGCUCUGCACGGGCGGCAUGUACAAGCUGCCCAAGCCCGGCACGUGAUCGCGCCCCGCUCGCUGUCAACCGCGUGUGCUCUCCCCCACCCCCCCCCUCUCUCUCUCUCUCGUCCCUCUCUCUCUCUCCUCUCUCUCCCCCUCUCUCCCCCUCCCUCUCU